AUGUCGAAGAAGUUUACGAGCAAGAACUCGCAGAAGUUUGCCGUUGUGCACAGGCCCCACGACGACCCGAACUACUAUGACGCCGAUGCCACCGAGCAUGUGCUGGUGCCAGUGGACCCCAAGGGCAAGCAGGCCGUGAAGCAGCGGCCCCAAAGGCAGCGCAAGCCGGUGAAUGAGCACGUAGGCGAGGCGCGCAUCUACGGUAUUGGCUUCGACGACUCGAAGUACGACUACACACAGCACUUGAAGCCCAUCGGACAGGACCCCAACGCCGUGUUCAUCGCCAAGACUCCAGCUCAGGCCCCAGCAAAGAAGAAGAACAUAGAGGACUUGUUCGUCGAGGACACGUACAAGGGCGAAGCUCCCACCAGACCAGACUCUGUGUUCAAGUUCGGUAUGGCAAAGCCUGAGUACUUGAAACACCAGCAGGAUGUGCCCGAUGACAUCAGAGGCUUCAAGCCUGACAUGAACCCAGCGCUUAGAGAAGUGCUGGAAGCACUAGAGGACGAGGCUUAUGUGGUGAACGAGGACAUUGUUGUAGAGGAUCCCAAGAAGAAGAAAGGAAAAAAGAAAGUAGAAGUAGCCGAUGACCUCGAGGAAGAGGACGAUGAUAUCUUCGCCGAGCUGCUACAAGGUGGUGAAGUUGGCAGCGACGGGGAGUUCCAGGACGAGUUCGACGAGUGGGAUAUGGAUAACUUGGAUGAAUACGAGGAGACUCACUACCAGGACGAGAUGAAGCAGUUCGACAACAUAGACAACUUGGAAGAUUUGCAAGGCAUCGAUUAUCAGGCUGAUGUGAUGAGAUUUCAGAAGCAGCAGAAGAAGAAGUUCGAGGAGUUCGAGUCUGAUAACGAGUUUGACUCUGAUGCUGAGGGUGACGACUUGUCUCGCGGCGGUAACGUUUCUGAGGAUGAAGAAGAAGAGGAAGACGGCGAUGUAUUGGGUGAUCUGCCGACGAUAAACAAGAAGACCACUGGUAAAAAGAAGCGCAAGGAGCGUAAGAAGAAAGGUGCAAUGUCUGAUAUUUCCGGGUUCUCAAUGUCCUCAAGUGCUAUUGCUAGAACUGAGACCAUGACCAUCCUAGAUGACAAAUACGACAACAUCAUCGCCAGCUAUGAGAACUACGAAGAAGAACAAUUAGACGACGAGUACGAAAAUGCAAAGCCAUUUAACAUGGAGGAAGAGAGAGCUGACUUUGAGUCCAUGCUUGAUGACUUCCUAGACAAUUACGAGCUGGAUGCCGGUGGAAGAAAGAUUGUCAAGAAGGAUGCCGAGAGAGACAGAAUCAAGCAGGCGGCAGACGAGGUCAGUAAAGGUAAACUGAGCUUGAGGAGAAACCGUGAGAGACAGAAGAAGGAAGUAGAAAAGGUGACCAGCUCACUAAACUCUCUACGUUUCUGA